AUGGCUAUGGCUGUCACUCUCGCCCACUUCUUCCCCCCCUCCUCCUCCUCAUCCUCAUCUCGCCUUUGCUUUCUCCCAUCCCUUCGGCCGAAUCCUCUGAGGAAGCCGGCUCCACUCUGUUGCUUCUCACCUGCAUCGCCGCAAAUGGACCGGCAACAAGGCGGAGGAGAAGGAGGAACCGGAGAGCGGAAGAGAUUCGUCGACUUUCCUUACCUGUCUGCACCGUACAAAGAUAUGAUGGCGGCGCUGGUUUCAACGGUGGAGUCGCGUCUUGGUUCUUACCUCCUCCCCUGUACCCUCCCCCCGGAUGUCCAGUACUUCCACAACCAAUCUAACACCGCCCGGGCCUGUCUCCACAUCAGAUCCGGCAUCGAAUCGUCUCCGAUUGAUUUCAUUUUGGGCAGUUGGCUACACUGUGAGCUACCAUCAGGAGCACUCAACAUAAUGAGCCUCUCGGCUUAUCUGGCCCCCUCAACCGAUGCGCCAAACUUCUUAAUGGAGGUCGUUCAAAGCAGCCCCACUUCUCUGGUCCUCAUACUUGAUUUGCCGCCACGAAAGGACCUCGUCCUCCAUUCAGACUAUCUUCAAUCCUUCUAUGAAGAACCCCAGCUGGAUAGACACCAACAACUGCUCGAGCAAAUCCCCGAGGUCCAGCCCUACUAUUCUUCUUCACUUUUCUUGCGUUCAGUUGUCUCUCCCACUGCAAUGGUGGUGCGUGCAGCAACUGAAGCUGGGCGAGUAGAGCGCAUGGAGGAGAUUGUUAGAGAUCAUGUGAGCCCGGUUGCUAAGCAAGUCUUGGCCUUCUGGUUGGACCAGUGUGCUUUUGGUGAGAGAGAGGUCGGAGAGAAUGAAAGGGCUGAUUUGGCAAAGAGGGAUCUGGUGAUCAAGAAGAAGUAUAUUGAGAUUGAUAUGGCCACAAACCUUCCAAGGUUGUUUGGGCAAGAGGUAGCAGAUAGAGUUUUGGGAGUUAUCCAAGAGGUUUUCGAGUCAUGAGACUGGAUAUUGGUAAUUAAUUACUCGUUUGUUUUACCUGUUUAUGUAAAUAAAAUACAUACAUACAUACAUAUAUAUGAAGGAUUGUGCCUUCCUUGUAAAGGCCGUAAAUGAAGGAUCCAAAGGUAAAUGCAUCAGGCUUUAAUCUUUGGCCAUACAUAUAUCUUAACAACUGAACCACCAGUUGAUCAUUGCCUUCUCUUAUGGAAGCAUGUAUAGGAAUGUUGUAAGUUAUCACAUCAGGUAAGAAGCCAUUGCUUCUCAAGUAUUUGUAAAGCCAAUGUGCUGUUUCAAAGUGCCCAUACCAGCAAAGGCUACACAUAAGUGUAUUAAAAGUUA